AUGUCCGACUACGGUGACGCUCAGCACAACGGCGGCGACGGCGGUGGCCGCGGUGAGGGUGGCUACGGUGAUGGUCGUGACGGCGGCUACGGCGGUGGUCGUGACGGCGGCUACGGUGGUGGCCGAGACGGUGGUGGUCGUGACGGCGGCUACGGUGGUGGCUAUGGAGGUGGUCGCGGGGGAGAUCGCUACCGCAGCGGCGGCUACGGUGGUGGUCGUGGCUACGGCGGCGGCCGCGGCGGCGAUCGCUUCCACGACCGCCACGGCGGCCUUGGCGCCAACUUACACCGAAUUGAUUGGGACGCCGUGCAGAAGGUGGCGACGCAGUGGAACUUCUACAAGCCUCAGAAGCCGCGCAGCGAGGAGGAGAUUGCGACGUGGCUGCGUGAGAACAGCAUCACCAUCUACGGCGACCGCGUACCACAGCCGAUGCUAGAGUUCUCCGACCUGGUGGCGCCGGAUGCGAUUCACCAGGCCUUCAUGGACGCUGGCUUCCAGAGGCCAACCCCCAUUCAGUCCGUCUCCUGGCCGGUCCUGCUGAACUCGCGCGAUAUUGUCGGCGUGGCCAAGACGGGCUCUGGGAAGACGAUGGCCUUCAUGAUUCCUGCGGCGCUGCACAUUAUGGCGCAGCCUCCGCUGCAGCCUGGAGAUGGUCCCAUCGCCCUUGUCCUCGCACCAACUCGCGAGCUGGCGGUGCAGAUCGAGACGGAGACACGCAAGUCGCUGACGCGCGUGCCAAGCAUUAUGACGACGUGCGUGUACGGUGGCACCCCGAAGGGGCCACAGCAGCGUUCCCUGCGCGCUGGUGUGCACGUCUGCAUCGCAACCCCGGGUCGCCUGAUCGACCUUCUGGAGACGAACUGCACAAAUCUGCUGCGCGUCACCUACCUUACCCUUGAUGAGGCGGAUCGCAUGCUUGACAUGGGCUUCGAGGACCAAAUCCGCAAGAUCUGCUCGCAGAUUCGCACCGACCGCCAGACGCUCAUGUUCUCAGCGACGUGGCCGCGCGAAAUUCGUAACCUCGCUGCCAGCUUCCAGAAGGACUUUGUGCGUGUUCACAUCGGCUCCGAGGAGCUCGUGGCGAACGCGGAUGUGCACCAGCAUGUCUUCGUCGUCGAGGGAUAUCACAAGGAGGAGAAGUUGGAGGAGAUUCUCCGCCAGGUCGGACCGCAGCGUGUUCUGGUCUUCGUAAAGACGAAGAAGUCGUGUGACAUUCUGCAGGACCGACUUGGACGUGCACUGCGGCAGACGGUGCUGGCCAUUCACGGCGAUAAGCUGCAGUCGAGCCGUGACUACGUGCUAGACCGCUUCCGCAAGGAUGAACGCGCGAUUCUCGUCGCCACCGACGUGGCAGCGCGUGGCCUCGAUAUCAAGAACUUGGACGUGGUGGUGAACUACGAUAUGCCACUGAACAUUGAAGAUUAUGUGCAUCGUAUUGGUCGUACGGGUCGUGCUGGUAAGACCGGCGACGCCUACUCCUUUGUUUCCUCGGCUGAUAACAGCAAGACCAUCCGUGACCUGAUCGAACUGCUGCUGCGUGCGAAGCAGGAGGUGUCACCGGAGCUCUACGCCGUCUGCCAGUACGCGCGCAACGAUGGAGGCCGCAGCGGACGUGGCUACGGCGGACAUGGCUACGGUGGUCGUGGGUACGGUGGGGGUGGUGGCUACCGUGGCGGUCGUGGCUACGGCGGCGGUGGUGGCUACCGCAGUGGCCGUGGCUACGGUGGUGGUGAGUUUGGUCGCGCACCGGCCGGCGGUGCUCCUGGUGGUGGUGGUGCCCCGCGCAGCGAGAGCUUCACGCCGUACUAG